AUGUUUAUUAAAGAACCUGAUCAAAAAGCUGGAGGUGCAGAGGAUGAAGAAGUAGGGCAGAGAGGUAAGAAUUUCAAUUUGUUGUAACAUUUGACAGUUCGGCUAUUAGUAAAACCAGGAACAACGGAACAUGGAACACCGGAACAGCAUCGUUCCGGAACACGGAACACCGGGACACUAAAAAUUCUUAAUUUGUUAAAAAUUCGAAAAAAAUUUCCGGGGGUGUGAAAUUAUUGCUGGAAAAAUUAUUGCGUAUAACAUGCUUUUUAAUAAUGUUCCGACUUGCCGAUUGCUACUAUAAAUUACGAACUGAAAUCAGUCUCAAAUUAAUUAAUAUUUGCCCGAAAAGAAGAAAUCAAACCUAGAAUAGACAAUUCCAGCUAUCGACUAAUUUUUGAUAGCUUUAAAUUUCGUGUCGCGUUGUACCGGCGAUGGAAAACACGUGGCAGAUUCGUAAAAUACGACGAAUACCGAGUUUUUCCGGCGAGCAUUAGAGAGGUUUAGGCGAAUUUCAGUCGAAUUUAAUGAGUCGAAUUUCAGUCAAGUCAUUAUAUCCGACGAAAGUUCGACGUAUAAAUUGACUAAAUCCGACGGGAUGCAUUAAAUGCGACGCUGUCGAAUUUUGCGACAUGAUCAGUCGUGUAAUGCGACCGAAACGCAACACUGAUUUAUCGAAUUUCCGUCGCAUGGAAUAAAAUGAAUAAAUUAUUUAAAUUAGAUUGUUAUCCACAACUGUACCCUAAAAUCAAUAACAUCACACUUCGUGGACUCCACGAAGUGUGAUUUUCAACAUGGAGGACAAACAACAUCCAUGUUCUAAUUGCUGUCGUGUUACAUGUAAAACGUACGUUUUCAAUCGUACAUCAUGUUCUAUGGCUGUAACAGACGAAGAAAUUGAGGGAUGGAUUCCAAAUGUAAGCGUUGCUUACUGCAACAAUUACUGCCCGGAAAUAUAUUCCAUAUCAAUGAUUUUCUCUUUCAUACUGUAUGUUCUUCCGUCAAUGGAAAAUUACUUGACACAUAAUCCUGCCAUAAAUGUGUAACCAUUGCUUCACAAACCUUUAUGACAAUCUUAUGAAUAGUAGGUACUGGCCAAAGGGAAAAAACCGACAGAAAAAAAAACUGGCAAUAAAUGAAACGAAAAGAAACUGGCAGCUCUGUUUUAAUUUUUUUCUGUAACUGGUCUCCAAUCUUGUGAAGAAUGGUUGUGAAGAUUUGUCGUGACACGCGAAAAAUAUUGUUAAAACGCUUUUCAGAAUACAGUAGUUUGACCACAGAUAGUCCAACUCCAACUAAUAACUCCACUGUACUGAUCUUUCAAGCCGACGACAUGAACGAAUUCGGGGUAUUUACGCUUCACACAAAUUGGAAAGCAGUGCCAAGCACAGCCGAAGAAUCUUCCUUUUUCUAUUAAAUUAUUAAUUACUAAGUGCAAAAUUUACAAUUGAUUCUGACGCCUUUCAAUUCUCUGCUAACUUUAAGGAUUUGUUUAAAAUAAUUGCUUUUGUGAACGCCGCAUCUUUAUUUUAUAGGCUUUUAUUUGUCCAUCUUACAGCCUGCAACACCCGCAUGUUUUGAUUUUCCGACCAAAAUUCGACGUCUAAACUGAACGCAACACUUCCGUCGAAUUUCCGUCGGAUAAUUGUCACAUUAAAUUCGACAAAUUAAAUUCGACUGAAAUUCGACGUAUAAACUACGCCUAAGAUACCCCGGUUUCGGUGUACGCGUACGGAUAGCAUGAUUUUGGUUAGCAAUAUUUCCGUCGAUGUCUGUACCUUUACUCGUAAUUAAGGUGCACAUUUUUCGCAUUAUAUCAUUGACUAUUGCAAGAAAACAGAAAAAGUAUGAUCGAAUUACAGACUUCAGUAAAACAAGAUGACACUACUUGUAGACGCGUUGUGUGAAUGCAUGAGUGCAUGCACCCAUAAUUUGUAAAUAAUUUAAUGUAAAUUGAUUGAUAUGUAAAUAAGUUGUGAGCAUAUUUAUAUAUAGAGGCUCUGAUAUUUUUUGUGUGAAACGAUCAAUAAAAUUUGGAACCCAAGCAAUUGGCAGCUACAUUUUGGUCCUUGGAACCGGAUGAAUCCGAGAAUCGAAUCCCCAACUAGCCUUAGUUCAACUUCGCGAACGGCAAAAUCUCGAAAAGGAAGUUGAACAACACAUGUUAGAGCUUCGGCAGAUCGUAGAACUGCGUAACUUAGAAGACAACGUUAAACUUGCUAAGCUUGAAGAGCAGUUCGUUGUUGAAUAUGAUCAGAAUAUGUUUGACGAUAAUGAAUUAACAAAAAACAAUACACCUUUUGAAUUUGAAUAUCGUUCUGCAUCGCCGCGUAAAGCGAAAGGGGACAAAGGGGAAAUUCCCUAUUUUAAAACCACAUAUAAGCGAAGAAAAACCGUUAAAGUAUUCAAGCGUCCCUGUUUCCCCUCCCUGUGA